AUGUCUCACGGUGUAAUAAAGACUUCGAAGAAUGGGAACAACGUGCAGCCGUCGGAGUCCUCGAGAGAAGGCUCGGAAAGCCCACCACCGCCUCCAGACGGAGGAUGGGGCUGGGUGGUGGUGUUUGCCUCAUUUAUGAUUCACAUAGUCACCGAUGGUAUGACAUAUUCGUUCGGCGUGUUCUAUGCAGAGUUCCUGACCUACUUCGAUGAGGGCAAAGGCAAGACCGCUUGGAUCGUAUCUAUCCUCGUCGGGGUUACACUAAGCUCGGGACCAAUUUCAAGUUCAUUCGUUAACCGCUGGGGGUGUCGUAAGGUGACAGUUGCCGGGGCUUUACUAUCAGCCGCCUGCAUUAUCGCUUCCGCUUUCGCUGGCAAUGUGCUGACACUUAUCUUUACGAUUGGCGUGGGGGCGGGCUUAGGCUUCGGACUCAUCUAUUUGCCAGCAAUAGUCAGUGUCACUGUAUGGUUCGAGCGAUACCGAAGCCUUGCAACAGGCAUUGCCGUUUGCGGAUCGGGUUUGGGAACGUUUUUGUUUGCACCAAUAACUUCGGCUCUCAUUACUAACUACGGAUGGCGAGGUGCGAUGGCUAUUAUGGGAGCUUUAAUUCUCAACUGUGUGCCGUUAGGCCUUAUGUUUAAACCAGUGCCCGAACCACCCAAAAUGUCAGCAUCGGAACCUAUGUUAGUCAAGUCGAAGAAAUCUCCACUAAAACGCUCACAGAGUACUGAAAAUGUUGCGAGAGCGAAUGGAAAAGUGGAAGAUAAUGAUGUCGCAAGACUCACGCUUUCUCAGCCUGCGCUAAAUAAACCAAAUGAUUUAAAGCAUCAAUCGCACUCUCGCCAUGGGAGUGGAAUAAUGCUGCGACCAGACGUGUUGUACCAAGGAAGUGUAACAAGCCUUGCCAAAUUUAGAGGAACCUCUCCCGAAAGAGUACAGUUAAGGGAGUCAUCAGAAGAUCCAGUCCAGAAAUGUGGGUGGUUGCCGUGUUCAGAUGAGUCGAAAGCGGCUUUGUCAGAAAUGCUCGACUUAUCUCUUUUAGUUGAUCCAAUAUUUAUUCUUUUUUCUCUUUCAAACUUUUUGACUAGCAUAGGUUUUUAUAUUCCAUAUGUUUACACGGUCCCUAUGAGUGAAAAAUUAGGGGUGCCCAACCCAGCUUAUUUAAUAUCUAUUAUUGGAGCAUCUAAUCUAGUUGGAAGAAUUAUCCUUGGAUAUAUAAGCGACAAACCUUGGGUUAACCGAUUGCUCGCUUACAACCUGUGCCUUACUAUUUCCGGUAUAAGUACAGCUCUGGCGAUGGCGUGCUGGGAAUUUUGGGGAUUAGCGUUGUACGCGACAACGUUCGGUUUCACUAUAGGUGCCUACGUGGGUUUGACAUCGGUGGUGCUAGUAGACCUGCUUGGUAUAGAAAAACUCACAAAUGCUUUUGGUCUACUACUUCUAUUUCAAGGAAUCGCAUCAUUGAUAGGUCCACCAUUCGCAGGAUGGCUGUAUGAUGAGCUAAACUCGUAUGCACCAGGCUUCUACGUUGCCGGCGGCACGAUAUCGUUAAGUGGGCUCAUUCUGUUCUUCAUACCUAUCAUAGAGAGGCGAAAUAAUCGGAGAAGAUGGAACCAAGAAACGGUCAUGGAGGAAAUA